AUUUGUGUGUGAGCAAACACUGAUCGGAUUUUGACUUUUCAGAUUUGAAGUGUAGCUGAAGAAGACCGCCGUCAUGAUUCCAGCUUUCCUCUUCCUCCUCUUCCUCUCAUUGGCGAGUGCAGGUCCUACGGAUAGAGCCAAUGGAAUUCAAGACGGGCCGGGAGACGUCUCUAACAUCAUCGAGAGAGCUAAUGAAGGCAUAUCAACGAGACUGAUGCACGGCGACAUUCGACGGAGUCUUCAGAGGAAUGCGGACCCCUGCGUCGCCAAAGGCUGUCUGUGGCCCAAACGCAGAGGCUACGUCCGAGUGCCCGUCGACUUCUCCAAAGAUUACACCUGGCGAGAGCGCAACAUCAUCAUCAGAGGCCUGCUGACCUUCCACAAAUCCACCUGCAUUCGCUUUGUCCGGAGGAACAGGAGGCAUCGCAACUUCCUUUACUUCUUCUCUGGAACUGGGUGUUGGUCCUACCUGGGCCGUCAGAGGCGAGGACAGCCAAUCUCUCUGAGGAAAAAUGGCUGUUUGUACCAGGACACGGUGCAGCACGAGGUCCUCCACGCUCUGGGCUUCCACCAUGAGCAGGUCCGCUCUGACAGGGACACGUACGUCUCCAUCCUCACCAAAAACAUCCGGUCAGGAACGGAAUCAAACUUUGCAAAGGUUGAGACUAACAACUUGAAUACUCCCUACGACUUUGACUCUGUCAUGCACUACAGCAAAUACGCCUUCUCCAAAAACGGCUUGCCAACCAUCGUCGCUAAGAGCGAUCCAAACCUUGAAUUCGGACUCGCCACCGCGAUGAGCGCCAAUGACAUUGAGCGUGUCAACAAGCUUUACCAGUGCGAAGGUUAAUGAUGGAAGGAAACGGUCGGCAUCCAGAUACUUCAAGUCUCUGCUGGUUGUGAUCAGGCCAAAGGUCCAGAUCGAUUAUACUGUUAAAAGAACUGAUUAAAAAAUGAUUUUAGAAUAUUACUUCAAAUUGACUUUGAUCUUUAGAUCUGAUGAUUGUUAAUGAUGAUGUUGACAGAUGCAGCGUGGAAACUGAUGCAGUGAAUAUCAGAAGAACCAAAUGUCUUCUCUUUAUUUUUAUAUGUUUUUUUUUUUUUUUUGCCUUGUUUUUUUCACUUUGUAUUCAUUCCUACAAUGGAGUGAGACAUUUAUUCAAUAAAGUCAGCAA